AGAGGGACCAGUCGAUGGAGUGAAAAGCAUUUGGAGUGCAGUACUAGCCUCUACUUUAGUCAGUCCUCUUUGAGUGCUGCUAACCUCCCCUAUAAUCUCUGCUUCAACACGCCGUUUGCAAUAACUCCUAUUCAAAACUGACGUAAAUAGUAAAAAAAUGUAUUCAUCAAAUCAGGAUUUACAAAGAAUUUGAAAAUCAGGAUUUACGAAGAAAAUACAGGUUUAUUGUGCACGAUAUUAGUGGGAAAUGAAUGCCGCAGGAAGCAAGGUGACAGGGGCGCAGCCCAUUCAGGAGUACAGCAUUCGUGUCCCGAAGACCUCUAAGAAAAAGCAUAAUGUAAUGCGUUUCAAUGCAAAUCUCCGUGUGAAUUUCUCGGAGUGGUCUCAGGUUAAAAUGGAGCGGGAGAACAAUAUGAAAGAGUUCAAAGGCAUCGACGAGGAUAUACCGAAAUUCGGGGCUGGAUCGGAGUUUGGUAGGGAUGCCAGAGAGGAGGCAAGAAGGAAGAAAUUUGGAAUAACAAGCAAGAAAUACAAGCCUGAGAAUCAGCCCUGGAUAUUGAAAGUUGGAGGAAGAACAGGCAAGAAAUUCAAGGGCAUCAGAGAGGGUGGAGUGAGUGCCAAUGCUGCCUAUUAUGUGUUCACUCAUGCCUCUGAUGGUGCCAUUGAGGCAUUUCCCCUGCAAGAAUGGUAUAAUUUUCAGCCAAUUCAGAGGUACAAAGCCCUCAGUGCUGAGGAGGCUGAGGCGGAAUUCAGUCGUCGGAACAAAACUAUGAAUUACCAUGCAAUAAUGGUCCGCAAACGUCUGAGGAAUGAUGAGGAUGGAAAUGAAGAGGAUGCCGAGCUUGUUGAGGGUGGGAAAAAAGCCAGGAGUUCAAAAAAGGAUAAGGAUCUGAAAAUCUCGGAGAUGGAUGAGUGGAUGGACAGUGAUGACGACGAUUCCGAAAGCGAUGAGGAGAAGGAGAAAAAAGCCUCCGAUGAUGAGGCUGAUGGAAGCAAGAAGAAAAAAAAGGGAAAGGCCCCUCAAAAAAAGAAAAAGAAAAAUACAUCGGACGAUGAAGCUCUGGAGGAGAGCGAUGACGGAGACGAGGAAGGGCGAGAGUGCGAUUACAUAUCAGACUCAACGGAUUCCGAAGCAGAAGCCGAAAGUAACAAGAUAAAAUCAGUGGCUGAGGAGGACGCACUGCGAAAAUUACUGGCGUCAGACGAGGAGGACGAGGACGAACAGAAAGACAAGACUGAAAAAGAGGAUGACUCGGAAAACGACGAGAACAAGGAUAAGGAUGAAAAAGACAAGGGCAAGGAUGGCGAUAAGCGAAAGGAUAAGGAUAAGAAAAAGAAGAAAAAACAGAGCGCCAAGAAAAAGGACACAGCCAAGAAAAAUGGAAAGGACUCGUCCAGCGAUUUCUCCAGUGACUCCGACACAGAUUCCGAUGCGCACCAAAAGGACAAGAAGGAUAAUAAAGUUAAUAGUGCUCAGAGCUCAAGAUCCGCUACACCCGUUCCCGGCCCUUCCACUAAUGAUAAUCUCAAGAGGAAGACGACGUCCUCUCCUGACAUCUCACAGUCCAAAAAACUCAAAUUAGAUAAUUUCAAUUCUGCUCCCUCGUCUUCCUACAUCCCUGGACUCAGCGAGUCCGGGAUAACAGAGGAUGCAGUGCGUCGUUAUCUGACGCGUAAACCGAUGACAACAACGGAAUUGCUACAGAAAUUCAAGUCAAAGAAAACAGGCCUGAAGUCUGACGAUUUGGUCAAUGUAAUGACGUUGAUACUCAAGAAAAUAAAACCAACUCAGCAGAUCGUUAAGAAGAAGAUGUAUUUAUCGAUCAAGCCUCAGCCACAUUAAAUUAUCAAUUCUCCCUAAUUUAAA